UUUCGUGUUACAUCAUUAAAGAAAACAAUUUUUCUAAUUGAAAAAUUGUGAAAAUAUAGUAAUAAUUUGGAAAUAAUUGAAGUAAAAAGACGUGCUGUUGCCAUUUUCGACGUUGUGUGGAAGCAGCAACAGCAGUGAGUAUCAAAUAGACACUGAAUCGAACAAUUUAUCAAAAGAAAUGACCGAACAAAUUGAUCAGUUAUUUAAAUUUUUAUUAAGAUACUUGCACUUGGCCCUCUACCCUUUAUAGAAUAUUAUCCGCAAACCAACCCAGGCAUUUUUCUCUGCUCACUUGCAAACCAGUGACAGUGACAGUGAUUACAUACCAUUCAACGAUUAAUUUAAUAAAAAAAAAAAAAAAAGUUUUUGUAGUAAUUAAUGAAUCGAUGACAAAGUAAAGUGAAUCAAAAAAUUAUUUGUAUCGUGAUACGUUGUUUUAUAUGCCAAAAAUAAUAUCGCUUCAAUUGAAUUAUCGAAAAUAUUGUUAAGGAAAGUUCUGAAGUUGAUAAGAAGUUUAAAGAUUCGGGAGAAGCAAAUAUUUUCUGUAGAAUUUUUUUACUUCAAGUUUAUUUUCGUUGUUAUUUUCUAUAACAAGAAGAACUCUUUUCUGUAUUAAAUAUCAUUUAUUUUCGUACAUAAUGGCGGCCUAUCUGAAUCGUACGCUUUCGAUGGUCACUGGUAAUGGCGGCAACGCCAACAACUCGAACGAAACAUCCUCGAAUUUGACAAUCGCUCAUAAUUCAACUAAAUACGAAAUGACAUCUGCAUUGAUACCCGAUACGCGGACAAUGCACGCAAACGCUGAUAAAUCGCCCUUACAGGUAUUUGUCAGAGCUAAAAGGAAAAUCAACGAUAUUUAUGUGGAAAUUGAAGAAUAUGUACAUGAAACCACACAAUUUAUUAACGCUUUGCAUGCAGAAGCAGAAAUUGUUGAUAAGGCCGAACGUGAACUUUUUGAAAGUUAUAUUCUUAAAGUGGCUGGCAUUCGUGAGGUUUUAGCACGCGAUCACAUGAAAGUCGCCUUCUUCGGACGUACAUCUAAUGGCAAAAGCUCUGUCAUAAAUGCUAUGUUGCGCGAAAAAAUUUUACCCAGCGGCAUCGGUCAUACCACGAAUUGCUUUUGCCAAGUUGAGGGUAGUGACAGUUCGGAAGCAUAUCUCAUUAAAGAGGGUUCCGAUGAAAAGCUCAACGUAACGAGCAUAAAACAAUUAGCCAACGCUUUAUGUCAAGAAAAACUAAGCGAAAGCUCUCUUGUGCGUAUAUUUUGGCCUCGCGAACGUUGCAGUUUAUUGCGUGACGAUGUCGUAUUUGUUGAUUCACCUGGAGUAGAUGUUUCGGCAAAUUUAGACGAUUGGAUCGAUAAUCACUGCUUAAAUGCCGAUGUAUUCGUCCUAGUUUUGAAUGCUGAAUCGACAAUGACAAGAGCCGAAAAGCAAUUCUUUCACACUGUCUCCCAAAAACUAUCGAAACCGAAUAUUUUCAUAUUAAAUAAUCGUUGGGAUGCAUCAGCUAACGAGCCAGAAUUUCAAGAAUCUGAGCUUGAGAAGGUAAAAUCACAGCACACCGAACGUUGUGUAGACUUUCUUACCAAGGAGUUAAAAAUUACAAACGAAAAGGAGGCCGCAGAGAGAGUUUUCUUCGUGUCAGCUCGAGAAGCGUUGCAAGCCCGCAUUGAAGAAGCAAAAGGAAAUUCGCCCAGUUUAGGAGCAAUUGCCGAAGGCUUUCAAAUACGAUAUUUUGAAUUUCAAGAUUUUGAGCGUAAAUUCGAAGAAUGUAUAUCGAAAAGUGCAGUGCAAACAAAAUUCGAGAAGCAUAGUUCGCGAGGAAAAUCAUUGUCAACUGAUAUGCGUGGUAUGCUGGACAAUAUAUUUGAACGUAUAUCCAUCUUUCGCAAUGUGAAAUUGGAUCAGAAGAAUGUCUUAACAGAACGCAUUCAGGGUACUGAGACUGAAAUGAUGAAUGUUACGCGCGAAAUGAAAUUAAAAAUACAUAAUAUGGUCGAAGAAGUGGAACAAAAAGUAUCUAAAGCUCUUAACGAGGAAAUCUGGCGCUUAGGCGUAUUAAUCGAUGAGUUCAAUAUGCCUUUCCAUCCGGAGCCAUUAGUAUUGAAUAUUUAUAAAAAGGAAUUGAAUUCGCACGUUGAGUCCGGUUUGGGUUCUAAUUUGCGUGCGAGAUUAUCAAUGGCUUUAGCUAUGAAUGUUGAGUCAGCUCAACGUGAAAUGACCGAACGUAUGCACGCUUUGGUACCAAAUGAAAAAUUCAAUGAGCAGACAAAGCAAAUUGUAGCACGAACACAACCAUUUGAAAUGCUUUAUUCAUUAAAUUGUCAAAACUUGUGCGCCGACUUUCAAGAGGAUUUAGAGUUUAAAUUUUCUUGGGGCAUUACGGCCAUGUUACAACGUUUUACUGGUAAAGUGAAGGAAAGGAAUCGUAAAAAUCUACCCAUUAUGAAUUGCCAAAGUAGUGUUCAAAUUGCUUCACCUAUAACACCGACCAACGAAACACCAGUUUGCCUGAUACCCACCCCGGUCGGUGGCAUAACUCAAGAGCAAUUAUCAAUGAUAUCGCGUCUUGCCUUGGCCUCCGUAGGAUCUCAGGGUACAGUAGGCGGUCUUAUAGUGGCGGGAAUUAUGUUGAAGACGAUAGGCUGGAGAGUUUUAGUGGGUGUUGGAGUUCUCUAUGGUUGUGUUUACAUGUAUGAACGCCUCUCUUGGACAAAUUCAGCUAAGGAACGUGCUUUUAAAGCACAAUAUGUUCGUCAUGCCACGAAAAAACUUAAAAUGAUUGUUGAUCUUACAUCUGCUAAUUGCAGUCAUCAAGUACAACAGGAGCUGUCGAGUACAUUUGCUCGCUUGUGCCGCACUGUUGACAAUGCUACCACUGAUAUGAACGAUGAACUUAAAACGUUGGAGGCACAACUUACAGUACUAGAGAGCAAUCAGAAACAAUUGAAAUUGUUACGCAACAAGGCUAACUACAUACAAAACGAAUUAGAAAUUUUUGAAAAUAAUUACAUUAAAUCAAAUUAGUGCACUUUCCCUCGUUCCAGUAAAACAAACAAAAACAAAAAAAGAAUUAGUAGAGACCCCUUCUAUUUUCUUUUAUAAUUGGGCCAAGAUCGAUACUGUUACGCUUAAUUAAGAAGAUGUGGCUAUAUAUUCUAAUUGAGUUUAUAAUUUCGAAUUUUAUUGAAACAGCAUGAACUUUUCUUAAAGUACUUUUAAAUAUUUUUAAUUUUAUAUAAUAGCCGUAUGUUAAAUUAUUGUUAAUGAAUGAUUUAAUAAGAUUUUGUAAAAAAUUUCAUCUUCUUCUGCUUUCUAUAUAUAAUAAGCCCGAUGACGAUAUCCUUUAUUUAAUAGCAAAUAUACAAUUGUGCUACCAUUAUCAUGUAUGUAUUAUUAUAUUUUUUUUUUUGUAUUUAUUUUUCCAUAUAAUGAUAACUGCAAGCAGAGAACGUUAUUUAAUAGAACUUUGUAACUGUUUUUUUUU